AAAUUAAGAAAGAAAAAGGGCCGGAGUGAAUUUUCAUAGACUGAAGGGGUUAUGUGUAGUUCCACACAAAGUCAAUAGAUCGCAGUAUUGGUACUCAAAUUUGCCGGACGAUUGCCGGAACUGAAAAAAAGCUCCUCUUUCCGGGAAUGGCAGGAAUGGCUAUGUUUGCCUCAAAUCUCUCCAGCGAGCUUGCAUGUACAUGUACCGGGUAACCCUGUCCACCAAUGCUUGGAUAGAUGGUUGGGUUAAAAUUGCUUCUUAGCCCGCUUAAUACUAAUGUUGUUGUCCGUACUGCAUGCUGUUCUGUGGGGAUUCUUUUGCCUGUUUAUUCUACUUUCAAAGCAAUUGAGAUGGGGGAUCAAAACGAGCAACAGAAAUGGCUUCUGUAUUGGGCAGCAUAUGGAUCUUUCAGUAUAGUUGAAGCAUUCACGGAUAAAUUUCUCUACUGGUUCCCACUAUACUAUCAUGUGAAGUUCGCAUUUCUUGUUUGGCUUCAACUUCCAUCUGCUGAUGGUGCUAAGCAAUUGUACACAAACCAUCUGCGCCCUUUCCUCAUGAGACAUCAAGGAAGACUGGAUAAUAUUUUGGAGUUAUUUCAUGGAGAACUGGCCAAAUUUAUUAGUACCCACCAAACAGAAAUCCAAUUUGCACAGAUGCUUCUUGCCAAAAGUUUAUUAUCAGUUGGGGGUAUUCUUCAACCUGGGCAAGGACGAGUUGUUGGUACAAUUGAAGGUCCAGCAGCGCAACUAGAGACUUCAGCACAGCAAGUAGAGACUUCAGAGUCAGAAGAUGAAUCAUGAUGCCUUUUUUUUGUACAUCAUAUCAACUUAGUUUAGCUUUCUUUCAUGUUCUUACUGCAUCUUUGAUGCAAAAUAUAUAGAAAGUGAUCAGUGUAUACAUAAUUUUCGGAGGAGUCAAUUUUAUUGUGGGUUUGUGGUUUUC